GUUAUAUUUGAUUAGAGAGCGUAUUCAGGCUACAUUGGAUUGAAGAAUAUCAAUAGUUCAACCUGUUUAAUUUAGACUCAUCGGUCCUGGAACACUCAAUAAUUACAUUUCAUCAGAGUUGUCUCUGAUUUCUUACCACAAAUGGAGAGCAGACAAGCAGGCUCGUUUGUCAUAUUUCGGUUUGGUGAAGAUAAUUCAGAGAAUGUCAUUCUGAAUCUUCCUAGUAUUUUGCUUUCAAAUGGUAAUCAAACCUCUAGAGGAGAUCCUUCACAAGCUUCAAACCAACCGGCAGCAAGUGACAACGCACAAGAAAACAACCAAUCAAGUAAUAAUGAAACAAGUAACAGACCUAAUGAUACUACUGAUGUGGGUUCAAAUGAAGAAAAUGAAGGUUCAACUGAAGAGCAUAUUCAACGAAACAUGUUGGUUUCUGUCAGCUACGUUUAUUCUGGUGAUGGUACUAGAGCUGGUAAUGGCGGCAAUGCUGAUCAAAAUGGACAAAGAGAAAAUAAUAGAACCGGUUCAGUUCUACUUAAUGUUCCAAAUAUCCCAUCAAAUAGAUCAGAGUCUCAGCUAAACGCACUUAUUGAAUUUGCUGCAUCCAUUGCUUUGAGCGCACUGGCUGCUAAUAUAAGAAGAAACCGUGGUAUUAAGAAGGAAACUUUUGAAAAAUUUCCUAUCAAGUCAAAGAGUGAUGUCAAAGAUUCAACAUGUUCAGUAUGUUUUGAAGAGUAUGAGGAGCAAACGAAAACCCAAAAAGAUCAAGAAGAUUUGUACGGUAAGGAAGAGGAAGAAAAGGAUGAUUUACCUAACGCUCAGAGAAAAAGAAAGCGCAGAGCGAGUGAUGAAGGGUCUGAAAAUGGUGGUUCGUCACCCCGUAAAAGCAGAAGAACAGAAAGUGUCAGUCAUCCAAAUAGUAGCAAUGGUGGUGCUUCUACUAGUGAAUCUCAAGAAGCAGAUCAACAAACAAGGAACUCCGAAGAAGAAUUCACUCAUAUUCCAGUUGAACUACCUUGCAAACAUGUAUUUGGGCGUAACUGCCUUUACGAGUGGUUGAAGUCGAACUCAACAUGUCCAUUGUGUCGUCAACAAGUUGUUGAAAAUUCUGACGCUUCAAAUUCUCCACCAGAAAGAAUAAACAUACCCAAUAUCACAUCUUUAUUAAAUCCAUCAUCAAGAGACAACCCAAUGGUGAUAGUGUUGGAUAGAGCAACUAAUACAUUGACUACAAGAAACAGCAAUUCCACCCCUGGCAUCAAUAAUAAUACACCAGAAGCCAACAUUGCAACCUCAUUGGUAUCAGCAUUGACAGAACCAACGGGUAUACCAAUUUCAGGAUCAUCACCUCCAAGACGAGAUCCAUUGAGUGCAGGUGUCCUUGGAGGAUUGAACCGUGGAAGUUACGGUUUUCCAGGGUUAUUUUCAUCAGGAGUUGCGAGCAGACGAACAAGGUCUGGGGUUGAAACUGUCAACUUAGAUAAUGAUAAUAGAGAAACUUUUGAUAAUAAUUUUUAUGAUGAAUCCAGACGCUUAAUUGAAGAGAGAUUAAGGGCAAGAAAUCUCAGAAACGAACCGUCAGAGCAGAGCCAUAAUAAUGGAUCAGAAUCAAAUGGAUCUAAUGGUCAUGAUGAUUCACAAGAUAGUUGAAUUGUGAAUCUUAUUGAAUUUGAUACCCCCACUUCCCCAUAGCAUAUUUUUUAUAAAAAUUUCAUCUAUACUUUUUUUUCACUUUUAUCAGAGAUUGGGCGUUGAACUUUUUUUUAUUUACACAUCUUUUUU